AUGCUUUCGCUGUGGCAAUCGCCAUGUUUCAUACAGCAUGUCAUCGUCUUCGUUGUGAACAUGAGUGUCCUGACGACAGGCUUGAACCUUGCAUGGCCAUCCCCAAUACUAGUAAAGCUGCGGAACAGCACGGAAUCUCCGCUUGAUCGUCCGAUUACCGAGGAAGAGGGUUCCUGGAUUGUUUCUGUGGGAUUUAUCUGCAGCAUAAUUUCGAACCCCCUUUUGGGAUUGUUGCUGGAUGGCAUCGGAAGGAAGUGGUGCGUGGUGCUCACGUGCGCGCCCAAGAUAUUGGUGACCAUAAUGUACGUCUUUGCGAGCGAAGUUUGGAUGUUGAUAUUGGGGCGAGCGCUGAUAGGCGUAGCGGAUUCCUUCCUGUUCACCGUUGUGCCAGUCUACGCCUCGGAGAUCGCGAGUAAGGAGAUUCGCGGCGCCCUCUGCACAUUUCUGCAGAUCUUCGCAUCAGUGGGCAUCGUCAUAACGUUGUCUGUUGGUCCGUUCACGUCGUAUACUACUUACAGCAUUGUGCUGGCCGCAAUUAACCUGCUGACUAGUCUACCGCUGCUAUUCUUACCCGAGAGCCCGUACUACCUGUAUUCUAAAGGGAGAAUAAACGAAGCGGUGGAAGUGUUGAAACUUCUUCGCGGCUCAGAGCAACUGGCUAAGGAGGAGAUAGCCUGUUACGCUUUGUCGGAGAAUGAAAGUGUCGAUAAAAUGCAACUACUGAAGGAUAGGGUUGUGCUCAAAUCGCUCGGCGUAUCGAUACUCGUGUGCGUCGCCUCGCAGUUGGUCGGAUUUAACGCCGUCUCUUUCUAUCUGCAAACGAUAUUGGUCUCGACGAGGACGAACGUGAUGCCCGAAGUGGCUUCGGUGGUCAUAGGGCUGAUACAACUCCUCGCCAGCUUCUGCACAACACUAGUGACUGAAAAGUUCAAGAGGAAGCAUAUAUUGAUAUCAUCGCUCGUCGGCAUGCUGAUUGGACUCGUGGGAUUGGGAGUCUUCUUCAAAAUCAGGGAGAACACACAAGAAGUGUCAGGCUUCAUGAACUACCUGCCAGUAAUGUCGUUGAUACUCGUCGUUUAUUGCUAUAGUGCAGGGAUGGGGUCGCUCGUGUGGGUGCUCAUAGCCGAGCUGUUCGACGGGCCGGCCAGGGCCAUCGGCGCCAGCGCCAGCAUGGUGGUCACCACCCUCUUCAUAUUCCUCACCACCAAGUACUUCGCGACGCUCACGCUCACCAUCGGGCCGGCUGCCACCUACUGGCUCUUCAGCGGCGCGUGCGCCGUCAGCUGCCUGUUCAUACACUACUGCGUACCAGAGACCAAGGGGAAGACCUUCGCUGAAAUUCAGGCGGCCCUAGGAGCAGGACUGAACGGGGAUGAGGAAAAGACA